AUGUCGGGACGCGGCAAAGGCGGGAAGGGCCUGGGCAAGGGCGGCGCCAAGCGCCACCGCAAGGUGCUGCGCGACAACAUCCAGGGCAUCACCAAGCCCGCCAUCCGGCGCCUGGCGCGGCGCGGCGGCGUCAAGCGCAUCUCCGGGCUCAUCUACGAGGAGACGCGCGGGGUGCUCAAGGUGUUCCUGGAGAACGUGAUCCGCGACGCCGUCACCUACACGGAGCACGCCAAGCGCAAGACGGUCACGGCCAUGGACGUGGUGUACGCGCUCAAGCGCCAGGGCCGCGGAGCACCUCCCACUCCACCCUACCGACUCCGCACCUCAGUCAUGGCUCGGACCAAGCAGACGGCGCGCAAGUCCACGGGCGGGAAGGCGCCCCGCAAGCAGCUGGCCACCAAGGCGGCCCGCAAGAGCGCGCCGGCCACGGGCGGCGUGAAGAAGCCGCACCGCUACCGGCCCGGCACCGUGGCGCUGCGCGAGAUCCGGCGCUACCAGAAGUCCACGGAGCUGCUGAUCCGCAAGCUGCCGUUCCAGCGCCUGGUGCGCGAGAUCGCGCAGGACUUCAAGACCGACCUGCGCUUCCAGAGCUCGGCCGUGAUGGCGCUGCAGGAGGCGUGCGAGGCCUACCUGGUGGGGCUGUUCGAGGACACCAACCUGUGCGCCAUCCUCACCAUGUCCGGUCGCGGCAAAGGCGGGAAGGGCCUGGGCAAGGGCGGCGCCAAGCGCCACCGCAAGGUGCUGCGCGACAACAUCCAGGGCAUCACCAAGCCCGCCAUCCGGCGCCUGGCGCGGCGCGGCGGCGUCAAGCGCAUCUCCGGGCUCAUCUACGAGGAGACGCGCGGGGUGCUCAAGGUGUUCCUGGAGAACGUGAUCCGCGACGCCGUCACCUACACGGAGCACGCCAAGCGCAAGACGGUCACGGCCAUGGACGUGGUGUACGCGCUCAAGCGCCAGGGCCGCACCCUCUACGGCUUCGGCGGCUGAGCCCGGCUGCCCGCCCCGCCUCCCCCCAAAGGCCCUUUUCAGGGCCGCCCACCCCCUCUCGGAA